UCGACGUCUCAAAUACCCGGCGGGCCAGGGUGAAAAACUUUGAGACCCUGAAAUGAGCAUUCGAUACCCUUAAAACAAGCAUUUCCCAAACGCCGAUAAAAAAGGACCGGCAAAACAAAGAAUUGGGAGAAUCAGAUUCCGCCAACAGCCUUUCCGAACAACACCUUGAGACCGACGCGUCCACGAACAAUGGCAGACGACGGGCCUCCGCUUUUGAAGCCAGUCCCCAGGCGACCAUUCAAUGUCAACCUCACAAGUGCCACGCCUCCCUCCGACGACAAUGAGCAAGACGAGCGUCCACAACUCGACCGCGCCCAGUUCCUCCUGACCCCGUCCGAUGCCACACCCUCCAUGAGCCGGUCACCAUCCUCGAUGAACCUCACCUCCUCGACCCUGUACGGCAUCUACUCGCCAACCACAUCCGGCGGCCAAGAUGCAGACUUUGACGAGGGCGAGACACCAUGGGGCACAGGGGCUAGGACGCCCGUCCGCAGAACAAGCGUGGACGAGGCUACCUACGAGCUCAUGGUCGGAAGGGCCCAUGUCAACCGCCGUCGGUCCUCCCACAGAGCCUUGGAUACCACCAAGCCACACUCGACGCCAGGUCGUGGCCCAGUGGCCACUGCCAUCUCGUAUGGCCUGCGCGCGCUGCUCCUGUUCGCCCUGGGCGUAGGGUAUGGCGUCCUCCUCGCCAAGUUCCAGGACGGCAACGCGUGGGCCCCUUCGCAGUCGCACAACUUCAAGAACCUCGCUUUCUGGGGCGUGGCGGCGACGGUAUGGGGCGGGAUGAUGCCGUGGCUGGAUAGCCUGUGGUUCGACGUGUUUGGCGAGGAGGCGAGGGAGAACGAGGUCGCGAUCACGGUCGAGACCGAUUCCAACAAUGGCUCGGAUCCUGCGACGGACUGGGCCAUUGUCAUGCGUGCCAUUGGCGUCUUUGUCGGCAUCAUGCUGGCCAUUCGCAAGGUCGCCUGGGUAUCUACCCUCCAAGUGUCCCUCACACUUGCCAUGGUCAACCCUCUUCUCUGGUGGCUCAUUGACCGCUCCCAAGUCGGCUUCAUCCUCUCCGCCGCUGUCGGUCUCGUCGGCUGGCUCAUUGCCAUGGGCGUCGACCCCCACAUGGUGCCCCUGCCGCCAUCGUCCCACCUCGCUCUCAUCCGGGCCGGUGGUCUUGCGCCGGGCGGUGCCAACCAGACCGUGACGGCGCUGGCGAACAGUGCCGAGGCACCAUUCCUCCUGGCUCGCCUCGCGUCCCAGGAGACCGUCGAGACGGGCAUUUGGAUGCUCAGCGUGCUGUUCUGCAGCUGCCUCUGCUUCGGCAAUAUUGGCCGGAGGCUGGCUUGGGAACCGUCGGCCGUUGGGCGCGGUCGCUGGGGAGGUGUGAGAUAGGCAAUGCUUCAGUUCACGACUCAUGUAAAACUACGCAUGUCCAGCGUGACAAAGGGUUCGAGGCACGUCUCUCUGCCAAAGUGCAGUUUGGAUAUACCGAAGCUGUGUGUAGAUGAUGGAUGGGCUUUUUGGUUUUCACCGAGCGCUGUAUUUCUUU